AUGGUGGAUGUGAAGUGUCUGAGGGACUAUGAGUUACAGCAUGAACUUAGUAAGCUCGGAUUCUCACCUGGACCAAUACUCCCGUCCACCAGAAAAGUGUAUGAAAAAAAGUUAGUACAGCUGUUGGUCUCACCUCCCUGUACACCACCGGUGAUGAAUGGACCUGAGGGGCUGAACGGAGCUCAGGAUGAUGACGGCAGUAAAGAGCUUAAUGCCACUAUCAUUUUGAAAGGAAAUAUCAUUCUCUCAUCAGAAAAAAACAAGGAACCCAAAAAAAGACUCGAGACUUCCAUCACCAAACCAAAAGCCCUAGAUAUCAACUGCCUGGUUUAUAAGCAUUCCGAGGGAAUAAGGUUACCCACGAGAGCAUCAAACACCAGAUGCAGAGGACGGAGCACCCGAGAGACUGACAACUGCCCCGUGAACAGGAGUUUUGAGUACGGGAACCUAGAAAUUCUUCCCGUGGGCUUGAAGCUCGCUGUGCUUGGUAUCUUCAUCAUUGUCCUCUUUGUCUACCUAACGGUGGAAAGGAAGCCGUUCUUCGGCUAA